GCGAGUCCGCGUCGUGCUCGAGUCGUGACCCGGAUGUUGUUUGAGCGCGUGUUCAAUGGCUCAGCUGGUCGACAGCGGCGGUGCCGAUUUAUUCUAACAGUGUUUAACGUUAUUAUUCGUCACAUGCAGACAAAACAGCACAAUGUCCAUGGACAUCACGUUCCUCGGGACCGGCUCUGCGUACCCGUCUCCCAGUCGCGGCGCGUCUGCGCUUGUGUUGCGGACUGAAGGGGAGAGUUGGCUGUUUGACUGUGGAGAGGGAACACAGACUCAGCUCAUGAGGAGCUGUCUUAAAGCCAGCAAAAUCACCAAAGUGUUCAUAUCUCACCUCCAUGGUGAUCAUCUGUUUGGUCUUCCUGGUUUGCUGUGCACCAUCAGUCUGCACUCGAACCCUCAGCUGGAUCAGCCUUCCCCCUGUGUGGACAUCUACGGCCCGCGGGGGUUAAGACACUUCCUGCGUGUGGCGUUAGAGCUGUCCAGCUCACAGCUGCUCUUCCCGUAUGCGGUGCAUGAGCUGGAGCCGUCGGAUGAGCAGUGUCCCGCGGAGGGGCGUCUCAGUCCUGCGCUGACCGCCAGCAGCGAUACUCUUCACCCACAGGAGCAGCCCGGCACAAGCGUACAGCUGGACCCGCACACGGACUGUUACCACCUCAUCAAUGACAAACAGUUUGUGGUUAAAGCGUUCCAGCUCUACCACAGAGUCCCAUCGUUCGGAUUCUCGGUGCAGGAACGAGAGCGGCCAGGACGGUUAAACACAGAGCUGCUGAAAGAACUAGGUUUGAAACCAGGACCUCUCUAUGGGCGUCUGAAGAAUGGUGAGUCUGUGACUCUAGAUAGUGGUCGUGUACUGAGCGCCGGCGAGGUGCUGGAGCCUCCGCUCAAGGGCCGUAAGGUGUGUGUGUUGGGGGACUGCAGUGGGCCGCUGGGGGAGGGGUUUAAACGGACAUGUCAGGGGGCCGAUGUGCUGGUGCACGAGGCCACGCUGGAGGACGGCCAGCAGGAGAAGGCCGUGGAACAUGGGCACAGCACUCCCAGCAUGGCUGCUGCGGCGGCGCUUGCCUGCGGUGCGCAAACGCUGGUUCUGCACCACUUCAGUCAGCGCUACAAACCCCAAACACUGCAGCGGGACGGAGAUGACGACGACGUGACCCAGCUUAAGAGACAGGCUGAGCUCGUGCUGCAGGAGUCGGGGACGGAGGUCAUCCUCGCUGAAGACUUUCUCACGCUGCCUAUUGCGCUCAAGAAGAAUUUGACACAGUAGUACCUUAUGCAUGGAUACAUUUUUAAUUAUAUUUUAAGACAAGGAAAUGUUUUAAUAAAGUCUGCCAUUUUUACCA